AUGAUAUUUCCACCUCUGCGUUUUCUUAUACUGCUGGGCUUUGCCCUUUCUGCCCUGCCGCAGUUGGUGCUGGGCGGCCGAGCUCCACCCCCACCCCCUCCACCCCCAUCGCAGUUCUCAUUUACAACUACACGUGAAGAAGAUAAAGAACUUAUCUUCCGCGUUCAAUACGCCCCAUAUGUGAUGUUUCCAACCCUCCCAACUAAUGGGACUGUUCGCAUUGGUGAAAAAGAAGCUGCAUUAAAUGAACGGUAUAAUUCUUUAUUGCCCAUUGUGUAUCGCUCAUCAUCAACGUUUCCCCCUGAUGGGGUAUUGAAGGCUUUGGAUGUGUUUUCCAUUCAAUAUUGUACUUCAAAUGGGACUGGAUUAAAAACAUAUCCAAUACAAAUGAUUGUAGAGAAUGUGAGGCUUAUUACACCUGGAGCGAAAUUAUCUAUUAUUGAAGCUAACACGAAACGUCUACUUGAAAUUCCAGUACGAGAAAAAAAUAAACGAUCUCAUUUAAGUUCAGAUGGAAAGAGAAUUGAAGUAAAAAAAGCAGAUAUUAAAGAAGAAGUAAAAUGGAUGACUAUUAUGGAAAUACCUCCUCGAAACAAAUGUACAUUAAAAAUGGAAAACAGCAAUCAUAUUAUUGAUGAUGUACCAACUGUUCUUAAUGAUACAGAGAAAAAAUGGCGUGUUGAAAUUCAACCCUUUGAUCUUGACGUGGGUGAAAAUUGUGGUUUUGUAUAUACAGCAACCCAUAUGAAUGAUAUUACAUCUCUUCCUGGACGUAUUAUACUUCAACGUGUCAGUCCACAUUCUCCUGUUGUUUACAGCAAAAUGGUACGAGUCUUAACAGAUGCUAGAGCUGUUGCACCAUCUGUAAUUGUAUCUAUUGGUGGACAUUCACGUAAUCCUGUACCAGGAACUAUAAAUGUUACUAUUGUAAAUCUUCCUCGUUACGGUAGAGUUUUUCGAGUUUUUGGUAAUGAGGGAGUUGAGACACGUUCAGAUAUUUCAGAGUUAAAAGCUUCUGCUCUUCCUAUUAUUAUUUCAACAAAUAAUAACCCAGCUACAGUACACAUUAGAUACCAAAUCAAUUCUUCAGCACUAUUACCCGUUAUAAAAAGAGGAAUUGAUCGUAGUUCAGAUGAAUUAAGCUAUAUGGUCAGUGAUCGUUAUACAACGUCUGAUGUAGGAAUUGUAAGUUUUAAAAUUUUAAUGUCUGCUUCUCCAAUAUGUAAUGAUACAGUUGUAAUGCCUGUUUUUCAUGAUCGUCCUGUGCGUAAUGUUUUAUUGAAUUACACUUUACCAGCAGGAACAGAAGCUGCAACUGUUGUCCUUAUUGAGGUUCCACAAAAUCCUAUUGGUGAUCUUUGGUUUCAACGGGAAUCUGCUAAAGAUGGUGUUGUAACGAUGCCUUUACUUCCAGGUGAUUAUUUCAGUGAUGCUCGUCAGGCAUUAAAAUACGCUGUUCGUCCAGGACAUGAAAGUAUGGAAGGGAAUGAAACUUACAAAUAUCAAGUUCGAGUAGGAGAACAUUCUUGUUUUGGAAGUAUUACUUUUGUUGUUUUAUCACAUGAUAUAAUGAGUGAUGGUCCUAAUCCACUUGGUAUUCAUCGUGAUUUGGUGCGUCUUGAUAGCUAUACUUUAGUAGCUUUAACUUGGAAUGCAUCUAAUACUUCUGGUCACCCACCUCGUGCUAUUGAAAUAUUAAGAGUACCAGAAUUUGGAACUAUUCAUACAAUUCUUUCUUCUACUGUACUUGGGGCUACACUUGAGGUUGGAAGUACACUUAAUAUGAAGGGUUCAUUUUGUUUCUUGUAUGAUUGUAGUCGUAUUGUAAAUGAUACGCUUACAGCUGGACGAAUCAUUCAUCGUUCAAGUCUAUGGAAUAGUGAAGGAUCAGAAGAUCUAUUUAAUAAUAAUAAUAAUAAUAAUAAUAAUAAUAAUAAUAAUAAUAAUAAUAAUAAUAAUACCCGGUUUUUUUUUCUUUAUAAAGCCCCUCCUACACAUCCAGGGGUUUCCUUUGUCUUAAUGGAGUAUCGAUUUUUGGAGGAAGACAAUGUAUACUCACAACCAAAACUAUUACAGUUGUACUAUCGUAAAGCACAACUAGAGGAAAAAAACUUAACCUACACUGUUGAACUGGAUGGACGUAAUACAUCCCCACUCUUUGGUAGACGAAUGAGAAAAGUUGUAUUUGCUGAUGUUGCAGAAGAAGAAACUGUAAUGAUUGAGGAUAUAGAUCUUGGAAGUCGACAUACUCCAAAUCAAACUAUAUUUCUUUAUCGAUACGAAAAAGAUGGAAAUAAAACUCUAGUUGGUGAAGCUAUGGAUCCUGAAACACGAGGAGAAUUUAAAGGAUAUUGGCUUCAACGAGAACAUACUGUUUUUGUAUUAACAGAAGCCAGAAAUCCAACAUUUUUUUUACGUGUUCGAGUCUUUUCUCUUGAAAGUAAUGGAACUAUAAUGUUUAAUCAAUCCAGAAGUUACAUGGCUAUUGUUCGUCGUCAAAGUGAAGUUCCUUUGGCUUGGCAAAAAGAUCGAAUUACUGGGGGAGGAACUAUAUUUACAAAAGUGCAAAAACGUACUGUCAUUAAUGUAUCUGUUCUUGAUAAGGAAAGAGAAGGUUUUUCAUUCCGACUUCAUGAAUCUACACAGUGGGGGACAUUACACUUUGUGGAUUCCCGUUUUACACCCCCAGCACCAACACUCGUUCGACGGGGUUCUGUUGUGUAUGUACCGCCAACCGUUGGGGAUAGUGAUGGGAACACCACUCUAUCAUUUCACUACCGCUCUGAGGGCGGUACGGGUUGGACGUAUCCUGUUCAAGAUAACUUUGUUUUGCUCUUGGAUGAUGGCGGGGUCACCUUCUCUGAUCCCAUCACGGUGCAUAUCACUGUGGGAGAUGAUUGGUCGACUCAAUUUUCUCAAGCGACUCUUCCAGAGAAUAUGCAGAAUGUGGCCGUGCCAGCUUUAUUGCUUGUGAUGGGGUGUGUAAUUGCAGUGGCGAUUACGUCCUGGCGAAGAGUUCAACCCCCAAGAUAUUCAUCUAUCCCGACUGGGGCAACAAGACGUUGA